AUGUCUCAUUUCUUAUGUCAUCGCAUAAGCCGAAAUAACCAAUUGAAGAUUCUUCAUCUUAGAAACAAUAUUUUGUCAAAACAUAUCUCAGACUGUUGGACAAACUGGAGGUUACUAGAAGCUGUGAACUUGGAUAGUAAUAAUUUAUCUGGAAAGCUACCAAGCUCCAUGGGAUCUCUAAUCAACCUAGAGUAUUUGCAUUUACGCAAUAAUAGCUUUUUCGGAAAGAUCCCUCAUUUUCUUAAGAAUUGCUCGAGCUUAAUCACUUUGGAUCUUGGUUUAAAUGCAUUUCAUGGAAAAAUUCCAACAUGGAUUGGGACAAAUCUCUCAAAUCUCAAGGUUCUUGGACUUCGAUCUAACCAAUUCAGUGGUUUAAUCCCAAAUGAACUCUGUCAUCUCUCGUAUUUGCAAAUCAUGGACAUUGGGAACAACAACUUGAUUGGGUCUAUACCCCAUUGUUUUGGAAAUUUUACAGCCAUGGCUAGUACCGAAUAUGUAAGGUAUGAUUAUUACAUCUUCGUUCGUUUUUCUAUUUACACCGGUGAUCUAUUACUAGAGACUGCAUAUGGGAUAGCUAAGGGCGAAGAGUUUCAAUAUGACAAAAUCCUAUACCUCAUGACAAGCAUGGAUCUUUCACACAACAACUUAUCAGGAGAAAUUCCCCAAGAAAUCACCAAUCUUAUGAAAUUGAAAUCUUUGAAUCUUUCGGGAAACAAUAUGAGACUAAACAUUCCACAAAAAAUUGGAAGCAUGACAAAUGUGGAGUCUCUUGAUUUAUCAAGAAACCAACUCUCAGGACAAAUACCACAAAGCAUCUCCAAGUUACCAUACUUGGGUUACUUGAACUUGUCUUACAAUCACUUGUUGGGUCCAAUUCCAACCACUACACAACUCCAAAGCUUUGAUCGGUCAAGCUUCCUUGGCAAUGAGUAA